AUGGUAUCCUUAUUAUCAACUCCCACUCUCUUAUGGGCAUCUGGAGUCUACUUGCUCUGGGCAAAUAAGAAGAAUCCUGAAUGUUUUAUUUAUCGUGAUGACAUAGGCCAGAGACAAGGUAUUAAAGGUUACGAAGAACAGGCCAUGAUUAACAAAUUCCACUGGCCUCACGAGCGCUAUUUUGGCUCCUACAGUGCCUUGGUGCUGCGACGUGGCUUCAAAGUUUUUACUCGUUCUUGCAACACCUGCCACGCAAUGACGCAGAACAAGUAUGAUUUCUUGAUCAAAAAAGCUUUUAGACAAGGAGAACUAGGCGAGAUCGUCAAAGAACUGGCUCCUGUAAACCCAGGACACUGGUACAUCAAAGGGUGGUUCAGACAUGAGUGGAUGGACAGACCAAAGAGAAUUUCAGAUUACAUGUUCUCUCCUUACAUUUCCCCAGAUCACGCUAGAAGUGCGAAUGGAGGCCUGUUCCCAAGCGAUUUAAGCAGAAUUGGAAUUUCCAAGCCAGGCGGCCCAGCUUAUGUAUACAAUAUCAUGACUGGCUACCAUUAUGAGCCACCAUUCGGAAUUGACGUGCCUGAAGGGAAACACUUUAACCCUUAUUUCAAACAUAUGAUUAUUGGAAUGCCAAGACCUUUAUACGAUGGUAUGAUGGAAUAUGACGACGGAACCCCAGCUUCCACCCCACAAAUGGCGUAUGAUGUUGCAGAAUUUUGCCACUUUAUGGCUGCAAAGGACAAUUUGGAGUAUAGGAUUGCUUGGCUGAAGUUCCUUAUGAUGAUAGUGAUUUCGUUCCCAUUCUGCUAUUUCAGAUUCAAAAUUGCAAAAACUGCAAUGCUCAGUAUGAGAGUAGAACUGUAUAACGUAUCUGAUGGAUAUCGCAAAUAUAAGUACUUCAACAGAUUCUAUAAGCUGAAGAGAUCAUUUGGCUGGAUGAGACAGCAUCCUUCAAACUUCUUCAUAGGCAAGUAA